UUGUUCACUUGCCAAAACACAGUGCACAAGAAAGAAUAAAAAUGAAAGCAGUGAUAAAGUGUUUCAUCUGUCUGAAUCUACUCGUUAACAUGGUGACAGCCACCAAACUGGUGUGUUACUUCACUAACUGGUCCCAGUACCGAUCUGGAGAAGGUAAAUACCUGCCUGAGAACAUGGACCUUCAUCUGUGCACUCACCUGGUCUUUGCCUUCGCUGUCAUUAAUUAUGCUAACAAGCUUGAAAUCUCAGAGUGGAAUGACCCAACACUCUACCGGUCCUUCAACAGCCUCAAGACGCAAAACCCCAUGCUGAGGACUUUGCUGUCUGUGAGAAAGCACAGUGAUGGAGAUGCCCAGUUCUCCAUCAUGGUUUCCAAUGCUGCCACCCGCCAGACGUUUAUCCAGUCGUCCAUCAGCUUCCUGAGGAAAUAUGGCUUUAAUGGUCUGGACCUGGACUGGGAGUACCCUGGAUCGCGCGGAAGCCCUCCCGAGGACAAGCAGAGAUUCACUGAGCUCUGUAAGGUCUGGAGGGUAAUGCCGAGGCCUGCGACCUCUAUUGCCACGGAGACGCCCAGUCAGAAGUGCUCAGAGAGGAGGAGAGAUCAUCUCAACCACACCAGGGAGAUUCCUGCGGAUCCUGAAUAG